AUGCGUUUUUUCAAAACAGCAGUCCUUGUGGCCGCCCUGUUCGCAACGACUGUGAUAGCAGGAAUGGAACAGUUGGCGGCCGUUUUACCCUCAUGUGCGGGCUGGUCAUCGGCAGUGCUUAACAUGGUUCUCGAUAUAAUUGUCAUGGCACUCCCUCUACGACAGCUAUACGGUUUGAACCUUUCCAUGAAACGGAAAUCAUUCGUAAUUUGCAUGUUCAGCCUGGGCAUAUUUGUCACCCUUGUCAGCAUCCUGCGGCUGAAUUCACUCAUUCACUUUGCCUCUACCACUAACCUUACAUGGGAUUACGUGGCUAUAGGGUAUUGGAGUACUAUUGAAUGUGACGUUGGCGUUAUAUGUGCGUGUCUGCCCGCUAUUCGAUCUCUACUACGUCGUAUAUCUCCCCGAUUUUUUGGAGAUACCGAGCAAGCCAAAUCAUCAUCAUACGCUAUGAACUCGCGUUCUCGUGGGACUUCUGGCCCUGUCCAGAACAAGAGUAGUGAUGGCCCAUUCUACCAGUUUGAUGACUUGGACCUUUCUGAUGAAGCCCGACUACACCAUCCACAACCAGUGUAG